AUGAGUGGACAAGGCCAGCCUUCCAACCAAGUGAGCUCGGUGUACAAUGAACUCCGUAUGGAGGGAACACUUACUGACGCAGUACUCAAGGUGGGGGAUGAUGAGUUUCCAGUCCACAAGAUUAUCCUCUGUAACGUUACAUCAUACUUCCGAGCUUUAUUCACAAGGUGGUCCAAACAAGAGCAAACAAUUUACUCCAUAGAAGGCAUGUGUCCCGACACCAUGCGGCUGAUCCUGGACUAUGUGUACACAGGCUCUUUGCCCAUCACGGAGAACAACGUGCAGGAAAUUCUGCUUGCGGCCGAUCAGUUCAACAUACUGGAGGUCAUAGAGGCCUGCUCCAACUUCCUCAUAGAGCUGCUGCAACUAAACAACUGCAUCAGCAUCUGGAAGUUCACCAAUGUGUGUUUUCACACUGAGCUGCGCUGCAAGGCCUUUCGCUACAUCCUCGAGCACUUUGAGAAGGUGUGUCUUUGUGACGAAUUCCUGCUGCUUUCUGUGGAGGAACUAAUUGAUAUCAUCAAGCAAGACAACCUCAAUGUGCGACAAGAGAACAUCGUUUUUGAAGCCAUUCUUAGAUGGAUUGACCACACUCCUGAAGAACGAGAGAGGCACUUCCACAUUCUCUUGAAGAAGGUCCGACUAGCCCUGGUGGACAUAACAUACAUCACGACCACCGUGAUGACGAAUGCACUUGUCCAGAGUAACGAAAGCUGCCUGUCCAUCAUCAAUACCGCCAUUAAGGCUAUUAAACGGAUCGUCACAAACAGGGCACCUUUACGUUCCAUUUCUAACUCCAUCGCCCGCCCUCGACUGCCUUCCACCAUACUUCUGGCCAUUGGCGGCUGGAGUGGUGGUGAUCCAACAAACGGCAUCGAAGCGUAUAAUAUCCGAGCUGACCGUUGGACCAAUGUGACAAUUGAUUGUGAGCGCCCUCGUGCCUAUCAUGGCACCACUUUCCUCAAAGGCUACAUCUACUGUGUUGGUGGAUUUGACAGGGUGGAGCAUUUCAACAGUGUCCGCAGGUUUGACCCUGUCUUGCACACCUGGCACGAGGUAUCACCCAUGUACUACCGCCGCUGCUAUGUGAGCGUGACUGUGCUGAAUGGGUGCAUCUACGCACUGGGAGGCUAUGAUGGACAUAAUCGACUCAACACAGCAGAGUACUAUUGCCCUGAGAUCAACCAGUGGAGCAUAAUUUCACCGAUGCACGAGCAAAGGAGUGAUGCGAGCUGCACAACCUUACAGAACAAGGUUUAUAUUUGUGGUGGAUUUAAUGGACAGGAGUGCCUGGAAACAGCAGAGUUUUACAACCCAGAGACCAACCAGUGGACACUGAUCGCCCCGAUGAAUAGCCCGCGCAGUGGGAUAGGAGUUGUUGCGUAUGGAGGCCAUGUUUAUGCAGUUGGUGGUUUUGAUGGCAACAGCCGCCAGCAGUCUGUUGAGGCCUACGACCCACAGACCAAUAGCUGGCGCUAUGUGGCCUCCAUGAUCACCCCCCGCAGUAACUUUGGAAUUGAAAUAGUUGAAGAUCGCCUCUAUGUCAUCGGGGGCUUCAACGGUUUCACCACCACCUACAACGUCGAGUACUACAGCCAUGAAAACAACGUGUGGAGUUCGGCCUGUAAUAUGGAGAUCUUCCGCAGUGCCGUCAGCUGUUGUGUGAUCGCUGGACUCCCCAACAUGGCUGAGUACGUGACCUCUAACCCCCAGCUGCAGGAAGUAGAGAUGGAGGAUUGA